AUGGUACUGGUUAUUCAAAGAUUGGGUUUGCUGGAAACUCAGAUCCUUCUUUGGCCCCCGAUCCCAUCUAAACCUGGUAACCUUGCCUCGAAACGGGGAGUAGAAGACCUUGACUUCUUUAUCGGAGACGAGGCACUCGCGAACGCCAAAACGCCAGGAUAUGGCGUUCAUUAUCCUAUCAGACAUGGAAUGAUCGACAAUUGGGACCACAUGGAACGCUACUGGGAGCAGACUAUAUUCAAGUAUCUUCGGGCUGAGCCAGAGGAUCAUUACUUCCUUCUGACUGAACCUCCCCUCAAUCCUCCAGAGAACAGAGAACAGACUGCGGAAAUCUUCUUCGAGUCCUUUAACAUCAAAGGACUGUACAUCGCCGUUCAGGCCGUCCUUGCUCUUGCUGCAUCAUGGUCAUCUAAUAAGGUGACUGAUCGCACACUGACCGGCACUGUCAUCGAUUCUGGAGACGGUGUCACGCACGUCAUUCCUUGUGCGGAAGGCUAUGUCAUCGGUAGCGCCAUCAAAAACAUACCUAUCGCUGGACGCGACAUCUCCCAAUUCGUACUGAAUUUGAUGAGAGAGCGUGGUGAAAUGACAGCAGUCCCUCCUGAAGACCAGCUCAAGAUCGCGGGCAAAGUGAAAGAGAAUUACAGCUACGUCUGUCAGGAUAUUGUCAAAGAGUUCCGAAAGUAUGAUGCAGAGCCUUACAAAUAUUUCGAGCGGUAUGACGGCGAACAUAGUGUGACUGGACGGAAAUAUGCCGUCGAUGUUGGUUACGAACGUUUCCUCGCUCCCGAAAUCUUCUUCAAUCCUGAGAUAUACUCCUCGGACUUCCUCACGCCUCUCCCGGACAUCGUCGACGAUGUUAUCCAGGCGUCCCCCAUCGAUGUUCGUCGUGGUCUAUACAAGAACAUCGUUCUCUCUGGAGGUUCGACAAUGUUCCAGCACUUUGGGCAACGCCUCAAGCGAGACUUGAAACAACUGGUAGACCGCAGGAUUGAUGCCAGUGUUGUUUCCAGUGGUAGUACUCAAAGGUCUUCUGGCGUCGAUGUGGAUGUCAUCUCUCACAAGCGUCAACGAUAUGCCGUCUGGUUCGGUGGUUCCUUGUUGGCCUCUCUCCCUGAAUUCUAUACUUCUUGUCACACGAAGGCGCAGUAUGACGAAAUUGGUCCGAGCAUUUGCAGACGGUACCAGAUCUUUGGCAGUGCCACGUAA